GUUCAGUUUCAGUUUCGUUGUUGUUUGGUUUGGUUAGUUUUAGUUGGUUAGUUGGAAUCUCAGGACGGCGGACUACGGAGAACGGUAAAUCGCGUGCAGCGUUGUCCGGAGGAAGAGAAUUGCGCUCGCGUUUUCUUUCCACCUUUCUUCUCCACUCUACUUUUCGCUCAGUGCAAAUGCAGGUCAGCGAAAGCUUCUCGUGCGUGAGUGAUGGAGAGAGCCCAGAGAGUGGCGGUGUGAGUGAGAGCGCGUAACAAGGAUGAAUGACAGAAAAAAGAACAACAACAAGUGAGCAGGGACGCGCAAACAAUAACAACAACUGCAACAGUAGCAAAUAAAAGAGCUUUGGCGGAAAGAAUAGUGGCAGCUCUGCAUAACUGUCAAAGUGCCCGCCAACUGUAAAUGUUCGCACGGAUAUUCGUGAGUGAGAACGCAGAAAGGCACAUGUGCAUCUGAUUUCGUGAUUUGUGUUUUCACUUUUUUUUUGUGAUUCUUUUUUUUUUAGUUUGUUUUUUUUUCGCGUUUUCUGUCGACGUUGCCGUAGCCGAUGAGCCGCCGUCUAAGGCUAAAAGGUUAACUUCUAAAUAUUAAUAGUCGUUGUCGGUUUGUUGUCAACAACAAAAUUCGAGUAACGUAAAACAAAAUACAACAAAGAACAAGCACACACACGCACAAUCGCCACGCUCUAGACGUUAAGUGUCACAAAGGUUACAUUGCGUUCACACUAGUUACAUUUGAAAUGCAAACGCCGCCAGGCCAACGCAGCAUCCGCAAAAACAAACACAAAAACAUAAGCAAUAACAACAACAACAACAACGAGCAGAGCCGGAGAGUCCACAAUUGAAACACUCGAAAGAAUCUGCAGCGGAUCGGAGAAGAGGAUAGCAGCAGCAGAAAUUAGACAAUAUCACCGUCCAGCAUUGCGCCUGCUCAGCAGAAUCGGGCCAUCCAGAAGCUGCUGACACCACAGAAUUCCCAAAUGGAUACGAAGAAUCCCCCGCCGGUGACGAGCAGCUAUCACCACCAGCGGGCGCCGCGGACGCCGGAAUCGUACUUCAACGUGCCGGAGUCGGUGGCCCUGCUGAACAUCGUCAAGUCGGAGCGCAUCCAGAGCGCGUUCCAGUCGAACCGAAAGAACCAUGCCAGCGUGUGGGAGAUGGUCGCCGAGGUGCUCAACCGCUUCAGUGCGCGGAAGCGAACGGCCAAGCAGUGCUGCAAUCGGUACGAGAACCUCAAGAAGAUCUACACGCAGCUGAAAAAGAAUCCCGAGCGCCAUGUGCGCCGCAACUGGCCGUACAUGUUCCUCUUCAAGGAGAUCGAGGAGCAGCGCGGCGAGUGCUGGGGAUCGAAUGGCAAGCGUCUGGCGCUCAUAACCAAAAACCACAACGAGCUAUCCUACUACCAGCGCCGACGGCAGGCGGCCGAGCUGGGAGUGCUGCUCAACAAGGACAACCUCACCCCGCACCAGCACAGCCUACUGCAGAGCCUCAGCCAGAGCCAGAGCCAGAGCCACUCGCACGCCCACUCCACGGACUCCUCGCAGAGCGGGAGCAAGCUGGACCGCUUCCUGCCCAAUCACUUUGUGGAGGCGCAGCUCAGCGAGGUGGCCGGCCCGGUCGGUGGCUCCGCAUCCGGUGUAUCCGGCAUGUCCGCCGGCGGCUUCGACGAGAAUCCCCUCCAGAUGCAGAUGGUUCAGGCAGCUGCUGCCGCUGCCGCCGUGGCCGCCCAUAAGCGACAUGAGCUCCAGAUGGCCAGCGUUGGCGGCGUUCAAAUGACGCCCGAAGACGACGACGAGGAUGAGCCCCAGCGGCCAGCAUUUAAAAACCACCUUCACGUCCUGGGUCAUGGCCACGGCCUCGGCUUGGGCCACGCGCCAAUGGACGACUCUGGCGAAGCACCCGACUUCGAAAAGGACUGCAAUGGAGCACUCAACAUGCACCACCAGAACAACAAUCACAACGAGAACCACAUAUCAAUGAAGUCGGAGCCACUUUCGGAGGGCGAGUUCAAUCCGGACGACAUCCAGCUGAUGCAGACGAACUACAAUGGAGCGCAGAACUACUAUUCGCCGGGCAUGGAUGCGAAUAUACUGCACCCCGAUGUGAUCGUCGACACGGACAUCCUGUCCGACUGCUCCUCAUCGACAACGCUGAAGAAGAAGCGCAAGAUGUCCACCUCGACCGACGGCGACAGCACCAAUUACGAGCUGAUCGAGUAUCUGAAGCGGCGCGAGAAGCGGGACGAGGAGCUCCUCAAGCGGAUGGAUGCGCGCGAGGACCGGCUGAUGAACCUGCUGGAGCGCACGGUUGUGGCCAUUGAAACGCUGGCCGUAAAGCGGGCACUUACGUUUCCAGUUAAUCCAACCAAAGAGAACGCGCCAGCGACAGCCAGACCGUUGUCUCCGCCACCACCAGAGGCUCAGUUUGCAGCGCCGCCAGCUACGCAGGAGCAGCCCACCAGUCCGGAACGCAACGGCAUUGCGACAGGCAGGAGCGGCACCAUUCCCGUCGCGAAUCAGGAUGCCGCCAUUGAGGUGCCAGACGACGGCGAUAGCGGUGACGAUGUUCAGGUGAAGGACAAGCUGGCCAAGCUGACACCAAAGGCUGGCGGCGAUGAACGGACGGAUGGCAGGCAGACGUAGAAUAUAAUGCAUCCACUACUCGCUAGAUCUACUUAAGACUUCUACCUACAUACAUAUAUAUAUAUAUAACCCUUCCCUACCGCCACUCCUCUCACCGGAUGGCGGCAGAGGAUACAGUGCCAAAGAAGAGCCAUGUCUCGAAUUUCAGUUGAGAUUGCCAUUUUUACUUAGAGAGCCUACACAAGUGCUUAGCGGACGAAUGAAACUUAAUUGCAAUGUUGAAUAUUAAGCGCCGCAAUUUUUGUUGAAGCGAUAAUCUUAAUUCACUUAAUUAGCUUUUAGUUAGGCGGAAUCCCACCAGCGGAUGCCGAAUGAAUCUCAACAGAGCCGGAUUCACACCGCUACGAUAAUCUAGUUGGAGCUGCAACGGGGCUCAAAUGCAUUUGUGCAGUAACUAAAGCACAAACAUUUCAUUUUUUUUUUUUGUAAUCUAGAUGAAUACAUGUACCAUUUAC